UCGACUGGUGGGAGAAGAGCGGUUACAGUUGGCAGUGACUGUCCCUUGCCUGAAGCCCCCGGAACCGCAAUGGCUCAGCCAGACGAGGACCGGUGGCCUUCGCGCUUGGUCGAGAUGAAAGCAGUAGAUGAUUUGCUGAGAUGUGGGAUUUGCUUUGACUAUUUCAACAUUGCAAUGAUAAUUCCUCAGUGUUCACAUAACUACUGUUCUCUUUGUAUAAGAAAAUUUUUGUCCUACAAAACACAGUGUCCAACCUGUUGCGUGACAGUCACAGAGCCUGACCUGAAAAAUAACCGGGUAUUAGAUGAACUGGUAAAAAGUUUUAGUUCAGCACGGAAUCAUCUGUUGCAGUUCACCUUAGAUUCACCACCAAUAUCUCCUUUGCCUUCCUGCACAAAAAAUAUUUCUGGCAAAAUCCAAGUUCCUAAAGGGCACAUGCGUUCUUCCUUAAGACAGGAAAACAGAAUGAUGGAUUCUUACUUGGUGAGAGAAAAUCAUUCUUCUAUAAAAACACCAGAGAAGCCAAAGAGAGUCAAAGAAGAUAAAGUCAAUCCUAUAGGAAAAAAACUCUGCAGUUCUGCAGGGUUAAAAGGGGCAUCAAAUGAAUCAAGGGAGGCUCAAAGGUCCACUUCUGUUAAUGGCCCUGAGAAACCCUCUACAUCUGCUUUAAAGGAAGUUACUAAAGUGGAAUGUCCUGUUUGCAGUGUGAGCAUCCCUGAGGACUACAUAAAUAAGCACUUGGAUAGCUGCUUAUCACGGGAAGACAAGAAGGAAAGCCUUAGAAGUUCUGUUAAUAAAAGGAAGACAAUGCCCAAAAUUGUUUACAACUUACUCUCUGACCGGGACUUAAGGAAAAAGCUCAAGGAACACGGACUCUCUGGUCAAGGAAACAAGCAGCAGCUUAUUAGACGGCAUCAAGAAUUUGUGCACAUGUACAAUGCCCAGUGUGACUCUUUACAUCCCAAGUCAGUUGCUGAAAUAGUUAAAGAAGUUGAAAAUAUGGAGAAGACUCGAGUACAUCUUGAAUCAAAUAAACUGAUUGAAAAUGUCAUGGUAUUUACAAAGAACCAGACAGAAAAAGAAAUAGAUGAUAUUCACAGUAAAUAUCGUAAAGAACAUCAGAAUGAAUUUAAACUUCUAGUGGAUGAAAUAAAACACCGGUGCAAGAAAACUGGUGUACUACUGACCAAACAAAUAAAGCAGGAGGUAGAGGAAUCCAUGGAAGAGUUAUUGCCAGUAACCAUUGGAGGAGAGGAUAGUAAACCAGUCCUCACAGAUCUAAGCUCAGCUGCAGUCCAGUUACCCCAAUCAAAGGUGGAAUCCCAGAUAGAGAUGGAACAGGAUGCAAUAGAGGACUCUUCUGAUUUAUCCAAAGUUCAGGAAACUCCUCUGUUCAUCACAUCAGAUUCAGGAAGCAGCUCCAGCUCAGACAUCAUAAGAGACCUCAUAGAGGAAAAGGAGUUUUUGGAAUUAAGAAGCAGAAAUAAAAGCAAGAAGAUGACCACUAGAAAAACAUGUCGUUCAAGGACACCAGAAAGCAACUGUAACGAUAGAAGAAGUAAGCGUAUCAAAAAUUAGACGUCCUGCUGACUUUUCUAAGUACAGGGAUCAAAGUAUGAUACGUUUUGUUAUCCUAAGGAUUUCAUAUUCUUUGUCCUGUCUGUCCAUCAGGAAAGCUAAAAUUCUCAAAUUGAUUGUUUACGUUGCUGACAGUAAGUUACAUUUAGGCCGACUUAGGUUUAACACAGCCUCACGCAAACCAAACAAAUCCUAAACCUUGCUCAUUUGAUCCUCCAUUCCUCCCCCCUCACUGAACAUCUUCAUACACAGCCAUACCCCACUCCCAUUGAGGGUGCAAUGCUAUUGGCAUAGUGGCAGACCUCUUGGGUUUGUGUUUCUUAAUCAUAAAAUAUCCCUCCUGGGUCAAUUAUUCCCCCAGUCCAAGGGCUUCUACUUCUUUCCCACUCCAGUGAAACUGGCAGUAGGAAAACUUGGUGGUGGGAAAAGACAGGAGGGCAUGUCCAUGGAAAGAAGGGUAUAGGCACUCAGGGGAGCAUUUAUUGAUGUGUCUGAUUUAGACACAUAACAGUAUCUAAAUUACAGUGAUUUCACGUAUUAAAUCCUGGUGGAUUUAACUUAGCAAAAUGUUAUCAUGCAUCUAGCUCAUUGACAGCCUUUUAACUUUUGCAUAAAAGACUAAUUAAUAUUUUCAUUUAAAGUCAGCAAUGUUCUGAAAUAAUUAUAAAAUGUAUUACAACUCUUGAAAAGGCACUUAAAGAUUUAAAUGACUCCAUUGAUUAAUAUUUGUACCUAUUAAUUCCUAAACCAUGUUCUUGAUAUUUUGUAUUCUGACAAAAUUUAUGAGUAAAUGGAUUAAAUAUUUCAUAUGUCAACCUAAAUAUGCCUUUAUAUUAAAAGUAAAAUUGGAUAUGUUAUGUAUUGGCACAACAGAUGCUUCACCAACAAGCACUCAAACAAAUCCCUUUUAGAAAUACAUUCCCAGGGGCAGCUAGGUGGCGCAGUGGAUAGAGAACCAGCCCUCGAGUCAGGAGGACCUGAGUUCAAAU